AGCCAGCGGCAGGAGGGGGCCAGCGGCCGAUGCUUGCGGAGGGAGGGGGCUGUCAUCAGUCACCAAAAACAAUGGACUACUCAAUAUCACCUUUAAAUAUGACAACUGCACGCCUUAUCUGAAUUCAGUGGGAAAACAUGUGAUUGGAGAUGUGCAGAAUAUAACUGUCAGUCAGUAUGCAUGUUAUGAACAGGUUGCAGUGACGAUACUCUGGACAGCGAAUGCCAUUGGGAUUGAAUUCCUGAAAGGAUUUCGAGUAAUACUUGAGGAGUUAAAAUCAGAGGGAAGACAAUGCCAGCAGAUGGUUUUAAAAGAUCCAAAGCAGCUCAGCCCCAAUUUUAAACGAACAGGAAUGGAAUCCCAGCCCUUUGUAAAUCUGAAGUUUGAAACAGAUUACUUUGUAAAGAUUGUUCCUUUUCCUUCCAUUAAAAAUGAAAGUAAUUAUCACCCAUUUUUCUUCCGAACUAGACCAUGUGAAUUGUUGCUACAGCCAGAAAACCUUGUCUGCAAACCUUACUGGAAGCCAAGGAAUCUGAAUGUUACCCAGCAGGGUUUUAACAUGCAAGUGUCCUUUGAUCAUGCACCUCACAACUUUGGGUUUAGAUAUUACUUUCUUCACUACAAACUUAAGCAUGAAGGGCCGUUUAAGCAGAAGACCUGCAAACAGGAGCAAAACACAGAUACUACAAGUUGUAUUCUUCAGAAUGUAUCUCCAGGGGAUUAUAUAAUUGAGCUGGUUGAUGACACUAAUACAACAAGGAAAACAAUGCACUAUGCGCUAAAACCAGUACAUUCUCCGUGGGCUGGACCAAUAAGAGCUAUUGCCAUUACAGUCCCUUUAGUUGUCAUUUCAGCAUUUGCAACGCUUUUCACAGUGAUGUGCCGCAAGAAACAGCAAGAAAAUAUAUAUUCCCAUCUAGAUGAGGAGAGCUCAGAAUCUUCAGCAUAUGCUGCAGGUCUCCAUGUGGAAAGACUUCGUCCCCGGCCAAAAGUGUUCAUCUGCUAUUCCAGUAAAGAUUGCCAGAAACACAUUAACGUCAUCCAGUGCUUUGCUUAUUUUCUUCAGGACUUUUGUGGCUGUGAGGUGGCUCUAGAUUUGUGGGAAGAUCUAAAAAUUUGUAAAGAAGGUCAGAAAGAGUGGCUUAUUAAAAAAAUAAACGAGUCCCAGUUUAUCAUCAUUGUAUGUUCCAAGGGAAUGAAAUACUUCGUUGAAAAAAAGAACUGGAAACACAGAGGGGUAACCAAAGAUGCAGGAAAAGGAGAACUCUUUCUGUUUGCUGUGUUGACUGUUGCAGAGAAGCUUCGUCAAGCAAAGCAGAAUUCAAAUGACCUCUGCAAGUUCAUUGCAGUCUACUUUGAUUACUCCUGUGAAGGAGACAUCCCUGGUAUUCUGGAUCUAAGUACAAAAUACAAACUCAUGGACAAUCUCCCUCAGCUGUAUUCACAUUUACACUCCAGAGAUCUUAGUGUACAGGAUUCAGAGGUGUUUCCUGUUAACAUUAGUAAAAGGAAUUAUUUCAGGAGCAAAUCUGGGAGGUCUCUUUAUGUUGCCAUUUGCAAUAUGCAUCAGUUCAUUGAUCAGGAACCAGAUUGGUUUGAGAAACAAUUUAUUCCCUUCCCUCCACCUUCUUUACAUUACUCAGAGCCUGUAAUGGAAAAAUUUGAUUCGGGCUUGGUUUUAAAUGACUUAGUGAAUAAACAGGUGAUGGAUGGCGAUUUUUACCUGAAAACAGAUGUAAAUAUUAUUCCAGCAGGGAAUUCAGACUCUCACUGUAUAAUUCAGCACUUAAACCUUGGAGAAGAUGAAACUCAGGACAUUCAAAGUGGUGGCAGCUCUGUUCUUCAGCCAUUGUUACAUGUUGUUAAAGCUUCAAAUCUUAAAGAUAUGCCUCGAGAUUCUGGAAUCUAUGAUUCAUCUGUUCCUUCAUCUGAAUUAUCCUUACCUUUAAUGGAAGGACUACUGACGGACCAAAUUGAAACAUCUUCCGUUACAGGAAGUGUUUCUUCAUCAUCAGGUUUAGGGGAAGAAGAACCUCCUGUAAUCACUGCAACAAGAUUUUUAGUGCCUGGAAUAUGUAAAGCAGAACUUCAUUGCCAUAUCCAUACUGACGAACUGCAGGCAAUUGCUCCUUUAUAAUACAUUACAACAUUGUUAUGCAUUGCCACUUUAUUAACAGCCUCUGUUUGUGCUUUAAAUACCAUGUUGUCUCAGCACUAAAUCUACUUGAAGGAACAAAUACUCCCUGGAGAAGAUCUGUUAUUCCUAAGGGAUUUUUUUUAUGGCCAGUAAACUUGAAUCUGUUGGUCUUUUUAUAUAAAGUCUUUCAUGAUUUGAAAAAUGCAGCAUGGAAAAAUAGAUGAGAGUACAUUUCAAAAUUAUUCCUGUUACUAAUUUAAAUGUCAUGAUAUUACACUGUUUACAGAUGCCAUAAUCAAAAUUGACUUUUUUUGCUAGAAGUAAUCUUGCAACUGGACAUAACAUAGCUUGGAACAUUAAGUCUUAGUAAACUUUGUAGUCCAGCCUCUAGUUUUAAGUGCUGACAUACUUGAUGGCAGGAGUGUUGUAGUGAAUGAGAGCAGGAUUUUUUUUCAGAAGCAAGAUAAAAUGCCAAAGGUGAGAUCAAGAAAUUCUCCAUCAGAACAAAUAAUUUUCUUUUAAAAAUGUUCGAGCUCUUUUCCUCACAGUCUCCUCUCUUUCCCACAUGUUAAUGUGUCCCAGUAUUUAAUUUCAGAUAAGCGCAUGUCUUCCUCUUCUGUAUGAUUCUCCUGUCUCUUCUCCACAAUCUGGCUAUGAUGACUCACAAAUAGUACCAUACUGAGUCUGAAGUAUCAUUUUUAUAAUAGAUAAAAAUAUAGAACCUGCAUAUGCCGAGUGAUACCAUGGAAACAAAGUUUCCCGUUUUCUUCCUGGAAGGGCUAAUAUAAAGAAUAUUUUAAAGAGAUGGAGGAAGGAAGACCAAAUUUUGUAUUUAAGACAUCAUUCUGGAUUUCUUCAGCCAUGAGAUGAGUAUGCUUUAGGGGGGGAUUUCAUAUUAUCCUUCAAGGACAUGCUGCUACAAAAUCACCUGGGGUAAAACAAGUUAAGACAAGCAGUUAACAGGCAUGAAUACUUUGCUUUGUUUUGAGCCAACCAGUAAACAGAAGCCUAUGAGUUAUUUUGCAGUUCAUGCUACUUAGUGAUAGUAUAAUAUUACUAGUGUUGUAUUAACAAAAAAUGGUAAAACUACAACUGGACAUCUUUAUCUAAAGACACAGAGCAUGCAUGUCCUUUCUUCUGCAGUGACCAGGUAGGUAUGCUAUCAUCCCAAAUAUCCCUGCUGUUUCCAAAGAGCAACUUUUCUUAAGUAAAACCCAUCUGUGUAGGUGCAAUUCUAGGCACUAUUAUGAUAAGCAUGAUAACAGCAAAUAGUAAAGGACACCUUAUCAAUGUGCCUUUUCUAAUUUUGCUCGUGGAGUCAGAUUCUGUCUCACUUAACCUGUCUUCACAUUCCACUAACCGGAGGUUACUUUAGGAAUACAUCAAGGGAGAACUCAAACUCCUCAAAUAUUCUCUCAAUUUUGAUAGAUGAGAAUGAGACAUUGCGAACUGUUACAUUGUAUUAUCCAUUUUAAUAGCAUGAGAUAGAACUAUUAAAUCAGUGAUGAUUUUGGCUGAGUAGCUUUAGAGCUUGUGGGUUGGGGUUUUUUUGAGUCAGUUUAAUCAUUUGAAUUUCCAAAAAAACCCCUUGCAAUUGUUGUCACAGAUGGAGUAAGAAAGUGCUGUAACAAUUAUUUGAACAUAACCAUCGAUGGCAGAAUUCCGGCAUGCUUUGCAAUUGUAAUAUGGAAUUCUGUGAUCAACUAGAUAUAUGUGUCAGAUUUGGAGGGCCUUGUCCAUUAAUGUAAUGUUCCUUACUUUUCCUGUUUUCUGCAUUUGAAAGAACACUAACUGGAAAACCUCAAACUUGCAAUACCUGAGUAAGUUUUAGGUAGUUUUAAGUACAUAGUGAAUCAUCUGCACCUUCAAUAAUGGGUUUUUUUAUGCUGUGCCUUCGGCUGUACUGAAAGCAAAAUUCUUCAUGUUUUCCCAUUCUUUGAAGUUGAAAAAUACCUGGGUCAAACUAGGCAGAAUAAUCUAGAGGUAGAUGCUCCUCCACUAAAUCCAGCUGUGAAGGAUCUUGAGUCAGUGCAAUUCUUGCCAUUUUACUAGAGAAAGAGUUUGGAUUGAUAAGACACGGGCAGAAAGGUUACAAAAUUUGUGUGCUGAAGAGCUGCUGUGCAUAGAAAUGCUAAAGCUGCAAAACAUGAGGAGGAGGCAAUUUCUUAGCAAUUAGCUGGUGAAGGUAACGCUGCUUUCCUCCGUGGAAAGUCCCAGUCUGACAUAGUGUUAGUUUAUGCUAAAGAUUGGGAAGAUUUCCUAGUUCUGUUAAAUUCAGUAGCAGAAUUGGUAUUACUUAACGGAAUUAGGUUUUCAUUUUGAGCUCUAAGAAAGCUCAGUUUCGAAAAUGGACAAAGGCAGUUGCACAAAGUAUCACUGGUCAUCAGCGUUUUUAUUUCUUCAAAAUUUGCUGUAUAAUCCUGCAAAUCAUAUUUUUUUAAUUAUAAAUGGUCUAUGCAGAUGCCAAUCAAAUCUGUUGGGGGGGAGGAGGGGAGAAAAGAAGAAUGCCUUCAUUCCUUCUUAGCAUAAGGUGGAAACAGCAUAUUAUAUGUCCUCAGAAGAAAGAGCAUAUAAUUAAUUGAAAAUUUAGAGUAGGACAAGCCCACACUUAAACUAUACAAAAUUGAGAAAAGUAAUACUUGAUCUGAUUUAGCAUAGUUUUUUUACAAAGCCACAGUGCUUUAAAAAAUUAGGAAAAUAUUAUAUAUAUUGAGAUGCUGGAAGGACCUGGUACUGAAUUUGCAAGAAUUCUGUAUUUUCCCUCCAAUGAGAAUAACAGCAAAAAUCCUUGUAAAAAAUUUUUUUACAACAAAUAUGUUAAUACACAAAUUAGAGGUUAGCUUACUACUAUUUUCAAGCAUUAGUAAACUCUAAACAGAAUGUUAAUGGUGAAAGGAUCCCUUUAAUUUCUGCUAGACUCAAAUGUGUGGACAUUGUUUGGAUGUUUUAAAAUGUAUUUUCUGGGAGGGUGGAAAAAACAUUAGAAAGCUGAAGGUUCAAGAUAUGGCAGUGUGUUCAACAUAUUGAAUGAUAAGUGUAGUUGUUGCUAUAAUUUGUACCUGUACAUAAACACAUCAACUGUUGAAAAUAGAAUGCAGCUGGCAUUUGCAGAAAUGAAGUUAUGAUACUAUAAUUUAGAAGUUA